AUGGGACUUGGUGAACUAAAAAUAACCUUUGGUGACAAAAAGGGCAAUCAUCAGUUUCUCAGACGAGUGCUCGAAGAGAAGUUUCCAUUGUUGAAAGAAGCUGGUGAUUAUUCAAUUUUCAGGACAGAAACUGGAAGUCAGAGUUUACAGGUCAUCACUCCUGGAAAAAAUGGCUAUUCCAUACCAUACUUACGAGAUGAAUCCGCAAUUAAGGCAGGCAGUGCACCCUCUCCAGAAAUCAAUUUUCACUUAUACACCACAAAUCGAG